AUUUAGCUGCAAUGGAGCACGUGGAAAUUCGUGUUGACAAACUCAAGGGGCGGAGCCUGUUUGCAGUAAAGGACUUUAAGAAAGGAGAUAUCCUUUUUGAAGAAACACCCCUUGUAUGUUCCCAGUUUGAAUGGAAUGCGUUAUAUAAGUACCUAGCUUGUGACCAUUGCAUGAAGUCCCUGGAGAAUGCCGAAGACAUGAGCAGGAGACUUGCUGCCAACCCAUCACUGGUGCUACCAUUUCCUCAGUGCUGCAAAGUAAAGAAAGAGGAACAUACAGUUUGUCCUCAUUGUAAGGUGCUGUACUGUAGUGAUGGCUGUAGAGAUUCAGCCUGGCAUCUCUACCAUAGAGUGCUUUGUCAAGGAGCUUCAGUUGCUGAUCCUAAUCAUCCUACAGAAAAACUAAAAGAUGCUUGGAGGAAUAUGCACUACCCUCCAGAAACAUCAAGUAUUAUGUUAAUUGCAAGGAUGAUAGCAUUAGUGAAACAGUGUGACAAAAAAGACCAAAUUUUGUCCAAAUUUGCUGAAUUUUGCAAAUCAACUGUGAACGAAGAAGAGCAUAUAGCACACAAACUUUUAGGGAAAGAAUUCCAGGAACAGUUGGAGAUCCUUCGUUCCUUGGUUUGUGAAGCAUUUUAUGAUGAACAUGUGCAGCAGUGGUUCACGCCAGAGGGAUUUAGAUCAUUGUUUGCUCUUAUUGGUACAAAUGGACAAGGUGUUGGUACAAGUUCUCUGAGUGUAUGGGUUCACAACUGUGAUGCACUGGAGCUGUCGGAUGAAGAGAGACAGACUUUAGAUGCCUUCAUUGAUCAGUUGUAUGUUGAUAUAGAGAAAGAGUCUGGUACAUUUUUGAACUGUGAGGGAUCAGGUCUUUAUACCUUCCAAAGUGCUUGUAACCACAGUUGCCAACCUAAUGCAGAGGUUACCUUCCCCCACAAUAACUUCACACUGCAGAUGGUAGCAGUGCAGGAUAUCAAAGCAGGAGAAGAAAUCUGCAUUUCUUACCUAGACGAGUGUGACAGGGAAAGAAGUAGACAUAGCAGACAAAAAGCUCUCAGGGAGAACUAUCUUUUUAACUGUAACUGUUCAUUGUGCCAGUCUCAAAUUGAUGAUCCUGAUGUUACAUCAGAGGAAGAGGAGGAGGAGGAUGAAGAACAGAUGCAAGAAGAUAGUUGACACAGACAGGGGGAAGUUUAGUCCUGUAUUUGGAGUAAAUAUAUUUCAACUGUGGAAAACUCACCAUAGCUGCAUGUGCAUCUAUAAGUGAAAAUUGUUCAGAAUUAUAAUGAAAUUGAAUGAAGGCAUGCUUAGAGUGAUAUUUAUCAUACAAAAAAAGAGCAUGAUAAAAGUGAUAGAAUUGGUAAACGGUACUAUAAAAUGAAAUAGGGGUUAGACAUUAGCAACAUCAGUAUAUUACAUAAAAGAUACAGAUUGCAGAAAAUAACACGGUUUAAAAAUGUCAAGUCUGAGGUCAUGAAAACCAUUUGCUUUAUGAUAUUUCUUUCAAAAUAUAGGACUUGUUUACAAAGUUUGCAAAUGAGUUGAUGUUUUGCAUGCUCUGCAAUUGCAAACUACUUACUAGUAGGUAUAUGAAUGAGCAAAGUGUUUUUCAUUUGAAAGAUAAUGAAUCUAUUAUAUUUAGAUUAAAUAUUUCACAUAUUUUUUUUUUGCUACUUACCAAUGCGCUUUGUGCCUUAUUUCAGUGAGGAUUUUUAAACCUUUUCUGAAAGACUUAACUCCCCUUUAUAAAAAAAAUCAGUGCGGUGUCAAAAAACUAUGAUAUGCAUUUUUAUCUGUAAAUUCCCAAUUUGAUUCAGUAGUGCAUAGCUUUUGUUACUAUCUCGGCUUGUAUGGGCUCACUUACUACCACAGAAUGUGAAGCAUAGUAGCAUUCAAGUCCUCAGCUUCAGCAUGUGUUUCCCCAAUAGGUAAUCUUAAAGGCCUUGGGUAUAUUCAUUUUGGUCUUCUUUUAUUUCUUGUCCCAGUGGUAAUCCAUUGCACCACUGUGUUCAAGCAUUCUGCCAGUCCUCAGUGCUGUCUUCUCUCCCUGAUGGUCAGCCCAUAGUUUUUGCAGAUGUCCCUUGAAAGCCUUAUUCAGGCUGACAUUGAGUGGUUGAGCCUUUGAAGUACACCCUCGUGGACUGACUGCCAGGGUUGCAUUAGUUUGCCUGGCCUCAAUUUAUCUGGCUGAUUCUUGAACAUUGGAUCAUAUCCUGGAUAAUCUUUUGGGAUCAGGUCCUCUGUAUUGCUGAAUUGUAUAAAGGUUUCAAAUCUGUUAAAAGAUCAGCAACUCCUUGUUGAAUGUUUCUGUCAGUGUUUCAGUUUUAAGUGUUGCAGUGUGAGACCACUGCAUGGGUUUACUAGCCAACUUUGUAAUCAGACCACACAGGUUCAUAUGGAUCAAAUUCCUCAUGUGCCUCCCAGUUAUAUAUGUCGGAUAGGAAAACACAUGAUUGCAUUCUCUAGUCCAUUGUGCCACAAGAAAGUGGCGUUGGGUAUAUUAUAUACAAGUUCAGACAGAUGAGAGUUACAAUUAUCUGCCUGUCUGUUAAACCGUCUGUCUAAUCAACCUAUGUUUGACAUUUGUUGUUGCGGGUUCCGAUGGAUCUGUUGAACUUGUAGGCUGUGCUGCUGUUUAUGGGGGGCCUGCUGGAUCUAGUGAGUGUUUUGAAGCCUAUGCUUUUGUUGUGU